AUGGAGGAGGAGAAGCUGCACGUUUCCUCCAGAGAGUCGUCCAGAGUGAUCUGCCUCCAGGUGCUGCCCUCACACCUGCUGGCCGGGCUGGGCAUGGUGACGGCUGGCAUGCUGCUGGACCAGGCACAGCGCUGGGAAGUGUUCAAGGAGAUCCCAGAGGUGUUUAUCUUGGUGCCAGCUCUAAUGGGGCUGAAGGGGAAUCUAGAGAAGACUUUGGCAUCCAGACCCUCAACAGCAACAUGUGGUACCUGCGUCCAGUGGUGUGUGUCCUCUGGUUGCUCCUCAUCUCAGCCUGGGUCAUCAUGGCCUGCUGCUCUCCACCCGUCAGAGAGCUCCUAAAGUCAGGCUGGACAC